AUGGCAUCAACGGGAAAUGUUCAUCAGAACAAACAUUCUAUACCAAUUGAUAUUCUGGACGAUUUAUGCAGUCGCUUUAUAAUAAAUUUGCCACCAGAAGACAGAGGGAAUUUGGUCCGGAUAUGUUUUCAAAUAGAGCUUGCACAUUGGUUUUAUUUAGACUAUUAUUGUACCGAUGAAUCAAACAGGCUCAAUCCAUGUGGUAUACGAGAAUUUGCUGCGCAUAUUUUUCAGCAUGUCCCACAAUUGAGGGAACAUGUGAGCAGCCUGGAUGCAGUCCUGGACAAUUGGCGGGAAUAUAAACAAACAGUACCAACAUAUGGGGCUAUUCUGCUCAACACGGAUUUGACUCAUGUGCUUCUGGUGCAGUCGUACUGGACAAAAGCCUCAUGGGGUUUCCCAAAAGGCAAAGUUAACGAGGAUGAAGAACCUUGGAAAUGUGCUGCUAGAGAGGUGCUGGAGGAGACCGGCUUCGACAUAAGCAAGCUGAUAAACAAGAACGACUACAUCGAGGCAAUGAUCCACGACCAGAUAGUCAGGCUGUACAUAAUCGGCGACAUACCGCUCGACACCAAGUUCCAGCCUCGUACCAGGAACGAGAUAAAGGCGUGCGAGUGGUUCCCGCUGGCGGACCUGCCCUCCAACAGGAAGGACAUGACGCCCAAGGUGAAGAUGGGCGUCAGCCCCAACGCCUUCUUCAUGGUGCUGCCGUUCGUGAAGCGGAUGCGGCGCUGGGUGGCCGAGCGGGCGCAGAGGCAGGGCACCAGGCGCGCCAGGCACAAGUCCAUGGGCGAGAUCGAGUCGUCCACCUGCAGGAGCAGGCAGCGCAUCUCGCAGGGGCUGCAGAACGAGAUCGCGGACUACCAGAGCGAGCACCGCUCCAGGAGCGGCCAGAAGGCGCCGGCGGCGACGAACGCGGCCGGCUGCAGGAAGGAGAGGAGGCAGGCGAAGCGGCAGCUGUUCACGCCGCAGAACGCGCACGCGACGAACCCGUCGCCCGUACGCAGGGACGCGACAAACUCGUCGCCCGUGCGAAGGAACGCGACAAACUCGUCGCCCGCAAGAAGAGACCCCACGCCGCAAUCAGCCGGGGAGCAGCCGUUCGACUUUGUCGCGCCGUCGUGGGCAAACUUCAAGUUCGACCGCCGCGCCAUUCUCGAGUGUCUCACU